GCAGUGGAUUGGAAACCUCGUGGUGUCGUCCGUCUCAUCGUGUUGGUCUCCCACUUCUUUGAGGUUAAAGGAUCCGAAAGCAGCCAUGGCAUCUCACGUAUCGCCCCAUUUGAAUUGGUUGGUUGUCAGGAAAUUCAACUCUUACCUGGUCAAAAAAAGAAACAUCAAGAAACAUUUCAGCACGGAGCCGCAUAACUUGCUCAACUUGGCUUCGUUCCGUUACAAUGGUCUGGUACACAAAAAAAGCCUGGAUAUAAGUCCGGCUGAAAAGAUGACUUUUAAAGUCACCUGGAAGAGAGCGAAGUACAACAACAAGCCAGCAUCGUGCUACGUGUCUCGUACAAUGAAGGCCGGCCCUAGAAUUGCCUUGUUUAAACUCCGCAGAUUCAUGAGAGCAAACAAAUACAGGAGGGAUUUGACCAAAGCCGCUUUGAGGCGAGCCAGCGCCAUCCUGAACUCACAGAAGAGGACCCUCCAAGUCAAGAAAACCAGGCCGAAGAAAUCAGACUAGGUCUUUUGUAAAAUGGAAAUCUAAUUCAAUUAUAAUUCAUUUUAUUAUAAA